AUGACCAGGGGUGCUUGGAUGUGUCGGCAGUAUGACGACGGCUUAAAAAUCUGGUUGGCAGCACCCCGGGAGAACGAGAAACCGUUCAUCGAUUCAGAGCGGGCUCAGAAAUGGCGACUGUCUCUGGCUUCUCUCUUGUUUUUCACAGUCCUGCUCUCUGAUCACUUGUGGUUCUGCGCCGAGGCCAAGCUGACCCGGACCCGGGACAAAGAGCAUCACCAACAGCAGCAGCAACAGCAGCAGCAGCAGCAACAGCAACAGCAGCAGCAGCAGCAGCGACAGCAGCAGCGGCAGCGGCAGCAGCAGAGGCAGCGACAGCAGGAGCCCUCCUGGCCCGCGCUCCUGGCCAGCAUGGGGGAGUCCUCGCCCGCCGCCCAGGCACACAGACUCCUCUCCGCCUCCUCGUCCCCCACCCUGCCCCCCUCCCCGGGAGGCGGCGGCGGCGGCGGCAGCAAGGGCAACCGAGGCAAGAACAACCGGAGCAGGGCUCUUUUUCUAGGAAACUCUGCCAAGCCGGUGUGGCGCCUGGAGACUUGUUACCCUCAGGGCGCCUCCUCCGGCCAGUGCUUCACCGUGGAGAGCGCGGACUCGGUGUGCACCAGGAACUGGAGUCGGGGGGCGGCCGCGGGGGAGGAGCAGUCGUCCAGGGGCUCUCGGCCGACUCCGUUGUGGAACUUGUCGGAUUUUUACCUUUCGUUUUGUAAUUCCUACACACUUUGGGAGUUGUUUUCUGGGCUGUCCAGUCCCAGCACUUUGAACUGCAGUUUGGACGUGGUGCUCACGGAGGGUGGUGAGAUGACCACGUGUAGACAGUGCGUCGAAGCUUACCAAGACUACGACCACCACGCUCAGGAGAAGUACGAAGAGUUUGAAAGUGUGCUGCAUAAGUACCUACAGUCAGAUGAGUACUCCGUGAAGUCGUGCCCUGAGGACUGUAAGAUUGUCUACAAAGCCUGGCUCUGCUCCCAGUACUUUGAAGUCACACAGUUUAACUGCAGAAAGACGAUUCCAUGCAAGCAAUAUUGUUUGGAGGUGCAGACCAGGUGUCCGUUCAUAUUGCCCGACAAUGACGAAGUCAUCUACGGAGGCCUCUCCAGCUUCAUCUGCACAGGGCUCUACGAAACCUUCCUAACCAAUGAUGAACCCGAAUGCUGUGACAUCAGGAGCGAGGAGCAAUCUGCACCCCGACCCAAAGGGACCUUGGACAGAAAAGACUCCUGCCCCAGGACGUCGCUCACAGUGUCCUCGGCCACGAGACUGUGCCCCGCCCGGCUGAAGCUGUGUGUACUGGUCCUCAUCCUUCUUCACACAGUGCUCACCGCCUCCGCGGCACAGAACUCCACCGGGCUGGGCCUGGGCGGCCUCCCCACGCUUGAGGACAACUCCACUCGGGAGGACUGA